CUAUAAAAGGCUCCCAGCAGGACACAGAGAUGCACAGCAAUUUGGGGCUCUCUGGGGAAUCCUCUCGCUUUCUUUGCGACCAUGGGGAAGAGAGUGGCUGUAGUGCUGGCUGGCUGUGGGGUGUACGAUGGGAGUGAGAUCCACGAGUCUUCGGCUGUGCUGGUGCAUCUCAGCAGGGAGGGGGCACAGGCAGAGGUUUAUGCUCCUAAUAUUGACCAGAUGCAUGUGGUAGACCACGUGAAAGGACAGCCAACUCAGGAGAAGCGCAAUGUACUAGUUGAAAGUGCCAGAAUAGCCAGAGGCAACAUCAAGGAUCUAACUAAGCUGGAUGUCAAGGAGCUGGAUGCCUUAAUCAUACCAGGUGGCUUUGGUGUGGCUAAGAACCUGAGUACUUGGGCCACCCAAGGAAAGAACUGCACGGUCUCCAAAGAAGUGGAGGAUGUCCUGAAGGCAUUCCAUGCUGCCAAAAAGCCCAUUGGCCUGUGCUGCAUUUCUCCAGUGCUGGCAGCCAAAAUCUUCCCAGGCUGUGAGCUGACUGUCGGUCAUGACACAGAGUGUGAGAAAUGGCCGUAUGCAAAGACUGCUGAGUCCGUGAAGGAACUUGGCUGCAAGCAUGUAAACAAACACGUCACUGAAGUUCAUGUGGAUGUGAAGAACAAGCUGGUGACCACCAGUGCCUUCAUGUGCAAUGCCCCCAUUCACGAGGUCUACGAUGGUAUUGGAAAAAUGGUCAAAGAAGUGAUCCGACUUGCCUAAAUGCCACGAAGCCACACGUCAACAGGCAAACUGCUACUCAGAGCUCUUCCCCACACUGGUGGCUGCUAGGGAGAGAGAACUGGAGCAAUGUAGGAUUGGUGUAUUUUAUCACAGACACAUCGUUUACUGUACUGACCCCAGAUCAGCAGCAAAUCUGUGAUUCUGUAAUGAGUGUCAGUGCACCAUAAGCUGACACACAGAUGCCAGAUUUCCACAGGGCUCAAAUGCCACCGUUAUCUCUGGUUCUGAGUUAUCUUAUCUGUUAUAAGUCCAUCUCUCCUUACUUUUAACUAUCUCACAAAAUAGAUGAAUUAGUGGCAAAAGGAAGGAGCAGUUUUGGUACUGAAUAAAAUAGACAUAUUUUACAAAGGCUGAA